GUUCAUGUAAACCUCAACUACAACUUCUUGCUGUAGUUGAAGAUUCUUCUUCCUUACCUCUCAUUGUACCAACACCCACUUGUUAUCCUGCAUAUUUCCUACCCUCUGUAUCGACCUCAACCCUACCCAUAUCCUUUGCCGGCCUACCUCAAGCCAACAGACAGUUCGAUGCUCUCAUAGCAGAAUGAACGUAGGUUCCGCCCCCGCAGGUGGACCUGCGCAACAGCCUCUCGAGAAUCGCCCUGUGGUGAAACGUAAGAAGCCUCAAUCCGAUCCUUUUUUCAAGGGUCCAAAGAGGAAUCCUGCCUUCAAGCCUCAGCUCAACAGUCAUCCGACGCCUCCUUUGAAUGGCCACCUUCCGUCCAAGUCGCAAUCCCUACAACCCUUGACCCCAGCAAGUCAGCGCGAUAUCUCUCUUGCGAAAAGUUCGAUACCAGACAAUGAGCGCUACAGCGGCUUUACCGACCCGCGCGUCACUGCCGAGGGCAUACCUUACAAAGAUUACAGACUAGUGACAACAAAGAAAGAUCUUUUAGCUGGUCUGAGGUACCACAUACUACAAUUAGCUGGAGACAAAGUUGUCGACAUUCGCAAUGAGUCGGAGUUUCCAAAGCCUGCUCGAUUGCAUCGACGCGAUCCUAGAGCUCCGCCUCCCGGACAUCAACACCAGCACAAAGAAGAGGAUCAGGGACAACCGGAGCCAAAGGAUGGCCUUAAUGCCGCCGAACGAGAGGAGUUGACAAGAAGGAAAGAGAUCCGACAGAAGGAACGCGAGGCGAAUCUCGCCCAGAUUGCGCCGUCGCAGAAUGCCGCAAACAAGAGAAUGAACGCGUUCAAGAAGAAGACCCAACAAGUGUUUAGGCCUGACUUUUCUGCCGAAGACAAGCGCCGAAUUCAAACAAACUAUGAGGAGAAAUUGCCCUGGCAUCUAGAAGACUUUGACAGCAAACAUUGUCUGAUCGGUAGCCACCAGAUGGGAGCGAUGAGCUCCAACGCAGCGUUUGUCUUCGAACCUGGGGUCGACCCUUCAUCAGGACGAGUUCGACUGAUUCCAAUCGAGAAAGUCUAUCAGUUCAAGCCAAAGCGAGAAUUGGCGCAGCAAAUGACCAUUGAAGAAGUCGAGGCUGCCAUGAAGAAACGAGGUUCCGAUCCAGAAUGGUUGAUUCGUCAACGAGAAGCCCGUGUCGCCGAAGCGUCCAGAGACCUGGCUGCAAAGCGUUCCAAAGGUGUCUUCACGGGCGCCCAGACUCAAAACAUAGCAGGCCGAACUGGUGAAGAAGCUGACCUGGACUAUGAAGAUGACUUUGCCGACGACGAAGAAGGCGAUCUUUUUGUUGACAAGGACGAAGAUGAAAAGCUUGCCGAGAAGCGUAUCAAAGAGGAUCAGCUCCAAGCAAAUUUCCUCGACUUCAAAGAUUUGAAAGAGUAUGAUGAGGCGGAAGAACGAGAAAAGCGCGAAGCCGAAGCUCGUAAGCGCAACUUCAAAGAAUUACGUAAAGCCCUCGAACGACGCGAGCACAAUUACAAUCAUGGAACCGAUUCUGAGUACGAGUCUUCCACCGACUCUGAAGAAGAACGCGAGCGUCUUGAGCGCGAACGUAUCGCCAAUAUCAAAAAAGAAGAUGAGGACGGUAAGAAGUCUGCCGUUCCUAGCCCAGGCGGCACUCCAUCAGGGCGAAGGGAAAAGAAAGGCACGGGCAGCGAUCGUGAGAGAGCUCGCGGCCUCAAACGUCCUGGAAGCCCUAAUCUCUCCGAAGCCAGCGGCACCGAUGCCUCGACUCGCAAGAAGAAACUAAAGUCCAAGCAUCUGUCAUCCAGCCAACCCACUCCCAGUGUGUCGAGACCCAUGUCUCCCGCCAAUGUGCCUGGUCAAGUCCGGAAACGAACUGGCGCUGGUUCGGACACUGAAGCCGGCAUGAGUGACCGCGAUGGUGGGGUAAUGUCCGAUGCCAGCCGUACUCGAAAGAUCAAGUUGAAGAUGAGCGCUAGUCCGCCUGCGACGAGCCCAUCGAGCCGGGCUGUGAGUCCUGCGCCAGGCAUCGCUGGCGGUGCACCAAGUCCGACGUCAGCACCUACAGCCUUUCCAAGUGUUCAGGACAUUAAGAAUGCAAUCCCGUCACAUGGGAUCACUAUCAAGGAUCUCAUGAAGAUUGUGGCGCAUCCAAAAGAACGACGAGGUGAAUUCGUCAACCUGGUCAAGGAAGUUGCCAAGAUGGAUAAGGAGAGGAACGUGCUGGUGCUGAAAUAGACACUCCUAAGUCGGGAAAGCAUGUCUGGCUGAUAUCGGCAUGGCACAAACUGUCGAGGUGUAUGAAGGGAGACCUUUCACAAACUUCGGCAAUUCACUCAAGGCUGUAAGUGUUAUGGAUUUACCUGAGGCCUACAAUAGGUAGGCCGGUGGCCACUGAGCAGUCUGGUCAUUAGCAAAUGUAUGAGAUAAAACAACAAUAUCAUUUUAAAGCG